UUUCUCGUCCGAGGUACGUGAAUGCCACAUAAUGUGGCUCACUUUAGCUUAAAACGUUGUCUUUCUUGCGUCGUACAGUAGUAUUUCUUUAUUAAAACAAUAUAUCCGUUUACCCUUUGCGGUGUUUAUUAGCCUUUUAAUAUAUAUUGUAUUAAAAACGUAUGUAUGAUUCAACGUCAACCUCCAGUAUCAAAUAUGUGCACAUAUCGUUGCUAACGAAGCUAAUCAGAAGUAAACACGUAAACUACAACGUGGUAUGAAAAACCUCAGUGUGAUUUCUAGCAAAAGGGAUGAAGAAGUGGAAUUGGCGAGAAGGUCAACGACCACACAAGCAGCAAGGUGGUGGUCGACGACACAGAUGGUACAGAAACAACAGGCAGAAAUCAACACGGGACGAACAGUGGUACAGACAUAAUGAUGCUGGACCAUCAAAUGGACCAUCACAUGGAGCAUCUGCUUCUUUACCCUCGUCUUCUAAAUCCAGCAAUGAUGCACCAGAGCUGCCAGGUUUCUACUUUGACCCUGAAAAGAACCGCUACUUCCGCCUGCUGCCUGGACACAACAAUUGCAACCCUCUGACCAGAGAGCAAUUGCAGGAGAAAGAAAGAGAGAAACAAAGGCAUAAGAUGCUGGCAGAGGAUGAAAAGCCAAGAAAAAAAGCUCCAAGAGCAGGGCUUAACUCUUCAUUGCUGCUGCAGAAAAGGCAGCUUGGGCUGUUACCAGAGAACUCCUACUGCAGGAUGGUCCAUGAGGUGAAGGUCAGUGGAAUGAUGCGCCACAAACUAGACGUCCAGAGCCCCGACAACGGGAGCCCAAACACUGACAACUUCAGGAUCAUAGUGGGGGACUCGGCUUGUGAGCGAGUUUUCACCGUCAAUGAUGUCGCUCUCGGCGGCUGCAAGUACGGCAUCAUGAACUUCGGCAGCAGCAGCCAGGGCUCUCUGACUGCGGAAAUGUGCGACAACCUGUACUUCACCAACCGGAAGGUGAAUUCCAUCUGCUGGGCCUCAGUCGGCUACCCUGAUUCUCACGUAUUGCUUUGUCUGGUGGGAGCAGCAGACACCCCCAGCUGUGUUAGUCUACUGCCCGCCUCCCUCUUCAGCUACUCUGAUCCAGAUCAGCCUGGGAUGCUGUGCAGUUUCAAAAUUUCCACAGCUUGGUCUUGUGCGUGGUGCCUCAAUCCGCAGUUUGACAAGACUUUCAGCACUGGCCUCUCUCGUAGAGUCAUUGUGAAGGAUGCAGCGACGGGACGAACGCAGACAUACAGCGUUGGCAGUGACGUCUUGGUUCAGCAGUUUGCUCAUAGGGUCCCUGUCCUGUUUAACGGUUGCAGAUCAGGGGAGGUUUUCAGCAUAGACCUCCGUCAGCGUGGCCGCAGGGGUCAUAGUUGGAAGGCCAGUCGCUUCCACCAAGAAUCAGCCAUCACCUCUGUGCGAGUCCUGCAGGAUGAGAAUUACCUGCUGGCUGCUGACAUGCUGGGCAAGAUCAAGCUGUGGGACAUGCGGAUGAUAAAACCAGUGCAAGAGUACAUGGGGCAUUACAACGAGCACGCCUACCUUCCCAUCCAUGUCAAUGAGCGUGAGGACCUUCUUCUGGCAGUGGGUCAAGAUUGCUACACGAGGUUUUGGAGCUUAAAGGACGGCCAUCUGCUCAGGACCAUUCCCUCACCCCAUCCAGCUGCAAAUGACAUGAUCCCAAGUGUCGUCUUCUCUUCUAAUUUGGGUGGCUGCGGGGGGUUGCCCGGCUUGCUCAUGGCUGUCAAACAUGACCUGUACUACUUUCCGUAUAACACCGACUAUAGGGGGGAGAAGAGCUGAUGGCUGGACUUCAGGAGAAGAGCAAAAAUACAUCCAUGGACAGAUGUUUUCCCCCCUUAUCAGUCAUUUUGAAAGUGUUGCGCUCGAUGAAGGUGUGGUUGGACUGUUUCUUUGAUCAUCAGGCCUUAUAAUGUCCACUUACAGUGAUAUCUAGUCACUCCGCUUGCACUAUGCUGUGACAGUGGAUGUUAUCGGCUUUGCUGCAGUGAAAUUGAAUUAGCCUGAAGCUAAUAUUUGUUUGACUCGUACAUUUUCUUUUUGCAGAUUAAUGGAAAUGAUUUUUGCAAAGUGACUGAUCGGUUUACAAAAUUGCGAUCCAGCAGCAGCUUUCUGUUAAAUGCUGCAGGUCACUCAUUAGUGUUAUUGCUUAAAAAUGGAUAUAUUUUAUGACAUAAGCUGAACAGAUGGUGCAUUAGUCUGUCAUUAUCAGUUGCUGCAGCCUUGAAUUGUGUUACAGCAUCUUUUAUUUCCACUGAAUGAGGCCUGGUCUAUCUUUUCGUAAAGAAUGUAGGCAUUGCAGCAUUGUUUGAUAUUCAGAGUUCAAGCUGCACCUGCUUAUUUACAGACUGAUAACUUAGAUUGUAACCCUGGACUGGAAAUAUUACUUAGAAAAGGUGAAGUUUAAAUCUCAGGGGAAUGUUAUUUUUCAACAGAUUUGUUUGCAAACAUGAAAUGAAAGUGCUGCAUUCUUCAAGAAGUGCACUUAUGACUGAUGAUGAGGAUUAUUAUUAGCAAUGGGACUGAUUCAGGAUGUUGCUGAUCUGAACUAGAGAACAAUUAGGCAUUUGUAUAUUGUAAUUUACAUUUUUAACUAUUAAAUCAUUGUACUAUAAUAAAUA